AUGCCGCAGAGGACUCCCGACGUUUCCUCUGCAAAGCUGGCUGUAAUUCACGAAAGUGUACCCGUGCUCCCCGCUGCCGAGAAAGUCCCUGUCAGCGGUAUCGUGGUCCCCGAGCCGGCAGCACCCACGGUCUCUGUCCAGCCGGAAUCCGUCCGCAUCAAGCAGCCUUACGACGCAUUCCUCGUUCUGGACGUCGAGGCCACCUGUGUACAAGGGUCUGAUUUCCAAUGGCCCAAUGAGAUCAUAGAAUGGCCGGUCUGUCUUAUGCGGUGGAAAGACAAGGCGCCAGACGGAACCGCUAACCAGCUUGAAACCGUAGCCGAAUUCCGUAGUUUCGUCAAGCCCACCUGGAGGCCAACCCUGAGCCAGUUUUGUACGGAUCUGACAGGCAUCACUCAGGUCAGUAAACAAGUGGACAAGGCUCCUACAUUCCCGGAAGUCAUGGUCAUGUUCUCGAAGUUCCUAUCGGAUAAUGGCCUCCUACACCCGGACACCGGUGAACGCCUCGUCCGGUUCUGCUGGUGUACGGACGGACCAUUCGAUAUCCGGGACUUCGUAAUUAAGCAGUGUUUCAUCUCUAAAGUCCCUCUUCCAGACUGGAUAAUAGGCGACGUCAUGGACGUUCGCAAGAUCGUUUCACGCAUCGCUUACCACGAAGGCCGCAAGAGCUCUGGGAAGAGCGCCAAGACUUACACGUUCCCGAGGCGCCUGUCUCUGAAUUUAACCUCCCAGCUGCGCUUUCUGAAUCUCGGUUCAUUCGUAGGACGUCAACAUAGUGGCAUUGAUGACACUCGAAAUAUCGCUCGCAUUGUCUCGGAAUUAGCGAGGAGGGGCGUGCGCCUUGAACCCAAUACUUACAUCCACGCUGACCGGCGUUGGCAGUGGAUGGGGAAACCGGGGGAGAUCCUUGAGGAGUACCUCUCAUGA